AUGCUAUUCACAUUGGGGCGGAAUUCCGAAGAUGAUCGAUCCCUCAUCUACACUUCCACAGAAGGCCCACAUCCUCGUAUUGAUCUCUGCGAAUAUUCGUGUUUGAGUUGGCGCGCUAUGCACAGCGAGUCUAGCGGAUACCGUAACAUGGCUCAACGCGUCACGUAUAGACGCCGACUUUCAUAUAAUACAAAGUCAAACAAGGCCAAAAUAGUGAAGACUCCUGGAGGACGACUUGUUUUCCAGUACUUGAAGAAACGUGGAUCCGUACCAAGAUGCAAGGAUACCGGUGUGAAACUCCAUGGCAUUACACCUGCCCGUCCACGUGAGCUCACGAGACUGAAGAAGAACCAAAGAACCGUUUCCCGUACCUACGGAGGCUGUCUUUCACCCAAUGCAGUUAAGGAGCGUAUUAUCCGUUCUUUCCUUCUUGAAGAGCAGAAGAUCGUCUCAAAGGUUCUCAAGUCUAGGAGAGGAGCUGAUAAUUGA